GGUAGGUGUUUUAUAUACCUUGUAUAAUUUUGUGUAAAACAUACAUCUUACCACCUGCAUUGCAUGUGUGAAAGCAUCCUCGAGCCUUGGAAGUAACUUCUGCUCACCUGGCUAGCACUGGUUCUUAGAUAUACUGUGUUACACACAAAUGCAUAACUGCACGAGUAGGAAUUUGACAAACAUUGUACAAUACAUUGUGCUACUUGCCUUAUUACCUUGGGUUAGUUGGUUACCUUUACGGUAGCACCUAAGGUUACCUAAAGUACCUAGAAAAGGUACCAACCUAUUACAUAUUACGCACAUAUCACAAAGGACGGAUAUAAGAAGAAAAGUCCGUCUCCCUUGUUGUUUUAACUAUUUUGCUACUUCCUAUUUCAUCCCGUUUGCAUCUUCUCAUCCAUAGCCAAUUUUACCAACUAUAAAAAAAAUAUUAGAUACCUACCUCCUACCUACCUACCUGGGUACCCCUAAACUAUCCUUCCGUCAUGGCCAACCUGAUUACCGAUUACGUUGUCGUCGGCGGUGGGCUUUCUGGAUGUGUCAUAGCCUCACGUCUCAGUCAGAGCGGCAAGGAUGUCAUUCUGCUAGAGGCAGGUCCCGAUCCAAAGAAUAACCCCGCUGUCCAGUUCUUCUUAAGUGGUUUAACUCUUCAAGGCGGCGAGUUCGAUUAUACUUAUCCCACCGAGCCUGUGCCCACUACAGCUGAUCGUGUGCACCAUCUCAGCUCCGGCAAGGGUCUAGGCGGAGGCACUGUCAUUAACUACGGAGGUUGGCUCCGUGGAGAUGCUGCCGACUACGAUGAAUGGGCCGAAGUAGUCGGAGAUAAGCGCUGGAGUUACGAAGGCCUCAAGCCUUGGUUCGUAAAGUCCGAGAACUUCUACGACUCUGGUGCAGACCCUCAAGAACAUGGCUUCGAUGGGCCAAUGCACGUUACCGCAGUUUCCGCAGCUGAGGGGGGACAACGCAAAUACCCUCUUCGAGAGACUAUCAAGAACUCGUGGGCCGAGCUUGACGUCCCCCAUAACAUAGACAGGAAGAAUGGCGCCAGUGGCGGUUUGAAUGAAAUGCACGAAAAUUGUGACAGAAACGGCGCGCGGCAGCCAUCCAACGUUGUUUACCCACUCGACAACGUCAAGGUCUUUACCGAUACCCCGGUGUAUAGAAUCAUCUUCGAUGACACCAAGAAGGCUACCGGCGUGGAACUGGUUGACGGCCGCAAAGUCUCUGCGCGGAAGCAGGUUAUCAUCUCUGCUGGCUCUUAUCAGACUCCCAAAAUUCUUAUGCUAUCAGGCAUCGGCCCAUCAGCCGACCUUGCUCAACACGGUAUUCCUCUACUACACGAAUCUCCACAUGUCGGUGAAAACCUCCAUGAUCACUAUGCUAUCCAUCUGGCAUAUCGUCUGCGCAACCCUUCACUUGGCUAUGCUUUUGGAAGCGCUGGUUUCCAGAACCCUGCGUUCCUAAAAGGCCUUCCGUGGGACUGGGUUGCUAACCAGUCCCUUCCAGAGGAAAUUCUCGCCAAGAACCAGCAUGAGGCUAAACCUGGCUGGGGGAAACGCAACGUCUACGAGGUCUUUGAUGCGUACGUUGUGCCAGGCAUUCCUGGUAUUCCCAUUGAUGGCACUCAUAUUUCCACUUCAACUAUGCUGCUACUUCCAACAUCCCGUGGUAAGGUUACAAUUAGGUCCAACUCGCCCACAGACCUCCCGUCCGUAAGACCAAAUUAUCUCUCAACCCAGCUAGAUCGCGAUAGUCUUAUUCAAGCCGUCCGUACAACUAUCAAAGUCAUGACGGCAACUGAAAGUAUGAAACCAAUCGUCGUGGGCGAAUCACCACCUAUUAAGGAAGGUCUGGAAGGGUUAACUCCGCUUACUGUCGAUACAAGUGACGAAGCAAUAUUGGAAAGACUCCAACUGACUGGAGAGCAGCACCAACAUUCCGGCGGUACGGCGGCCAUGGGUAAAGUGGUUGAUGGGGAAGGCAAAGUCCUAGGCGUUAACGGGCUUAGGAUUGCCGAUGCAAGUAUCAUCCCGGUACCCCUGGGUGGGCAUCCGCAAGCCACGCUAUAUGCCAUGGCUGAGCAACUAGUCAGCAUGAUUCUUGCGGAUUCUUGAUGGGGAAAACUCAAGCCAAAUAGAGAGGUCCGUUAGGAUUGGCCUCGUUCAUCCAUCCCCCUUCAUUCAUUAGCUUGUACACGCUCCUUCUCGCAAUAGCUUAUGCAAAUCAAGGAAUUCCAAUCAAGUAAUACGUUAGGUACCUACCUACCUAAAGCGGUAGUGUAACAUGAAAAUAGGCCACGUUGCUAGUCAUAGCCUCAGCUCAAUUAAUCAGAUCAUCAAGAAUGCCUGUCAUCAAUAUAACCUCUUUCUGAUAGUAGGUAUCUAGCGUAAGCCUCUUGGUUGUGUGGUUAGGUAUUUCUUGGCGCAUUUAGGUAGUAAACCACAACAUAAAAUACCUAGGUACCGUAUAAGGGUGGUAUACAGCCAAUGUAUCAACAGGGUGGUUAAGGUAAGUCAGCCUGAGACUGUUGGCUCCGGUGGAACCUGAAGACAUGCAGGACUGAGCUGAUCUCACAAACAUCGGCGAUUUAUCGGCGGCUAGGCUGAUCGGCUCAAAGAUCUGUAUUACGGUGCCUGUCACACUCCUUGUUUCCUC